GGAAGGUGGUGCCAUAAGGAGUAAAAUGGCGGCGCAAAUGGUGGUGCUACCGGUACCUCUCUCGGGCAAGUUCAAGGGAUCUUUUGCAUAUGAUACAAUUAAAGACAGGCUGCCUCAAAUCCUGACUAGAGUUAUUGAUACUCUGCAUCGACAUAGAAAUGAGUUCUUUGAAGAACAUGGAGAAAAAGGUAUUGAAGCAGAGAAGAAAGCUAUAGCCUAUCUCUCCAAGUUACGUAAUGAAUUGCAGACAGACAAGCUGUUGAUUCCUUUGAAUGAUAACCUGCCUGAUACCGCUCUGUGGAACCAGUACCUAGAAUAUCAGCAGAAUUUAUCAUAUGGACCUCCAAGCUGGUUUAAAUCACCUUGGUUAUAUGUGGAAUGUUAUAUGUAUCGUAGAAUUUAUGAGGCUUUAGUUCAAAAUGGGACUCAAAGCAACUUACAACAUCAUUCUCCCUUUCCAUUUUAUUCUUACAACAGUCUUCCUGUGAGUUCUCCCAUCAGUGAUUUUGAUGUAUUUAAGGAAGAAAAAGUACAAGGUUUUUUUGAAUCUCAGCAAGCAAUUGUUACUUUAAGUACAUACUUCCAAGAGCUGCUGAAAAAUAUAGCAGAUCUAGAUGAAAAACGUCUUCAGGAGGAAUUUUUUAAGCUGCUGCAGGUUUCGCUAUGGGGCAAUAAGUGUGACUUGUCAAUUUCAGGUGGUAAAGCUAAUUCUCAGAAGUCAGAUCCCUUGCAAUCUCUGGAAAAGUUAAAAUCUUUUAUUUUAGUGGAUCACAUGGAAAAUAUAUGGUCACUGCUUAUAAAUCAAAAGAAAAUGAACUCAUGGAGUAGCACUAGAAUUGACAUGGUCUUGGAUAAUGCUGGAUUUGAACUUACUGCUGAUCUUGUACUAGCUGACUUUUUGUUAUCAUCAAAGUUAGCCGCCGAAAUUCAUUUUCAUGGAAAAAGUAUCCCAUGGUAUGUAUCAGAUACUACAAAUCAUGACUUGAAUUGGACUAUUAAGCAAAUGCUGUCAGCUAAUCACAGAUGGAUGUCUAAGUGUGGCGUGAGCUGGGAGGGAAAUAUGAAAAAUGGUGUUUGGAUUUAUCAUGAUCAUUUUUUCUGGACUUUGCCACAUGAAUUUUCAAGCAUGGCACAGGUUGCUCCUGAUUUGUAUGCAGAGUUGCAGAAGUCAAAUUUAAUUAUUUUUAAAGGUGAUCUGAACUAUAGGAAGUUAACAGGUGACCGAAAAUGGGACUUCACAGUGCCGUUCCAUCAAGCCUUGAACAAUUUUCAUCCUGCCCCCCUCUGCAGUUUAAGAACACUAAAAUCUGAUGUUCAGGUUGGAUUAAAACCUGGAGAAGGUCAACAGUUAAUGAAUACUGAACCUGAUUGGAUGAUAAUUGGGAAAUAUGGUAUAGUCCAAUUUGAUGCUGCUUCAUGAUUGACUGGAAUGAUAUGAAGGAUAACACUGUUAAAUCAAGGAUGGAAGACCACUAGCUUUCAAUAUGCAUGUUCUUUUUCCUUCAAAGUGUCUUGCUGUUAUUUUAAAAGUGAUAUACAACUGUGACACAUUAGAGACUCUUUUCUGGUAUUUUCUUCCAAAAUGUCAAAAAGAUAUCAAAUAUUCUCUUAUAUUAACUAUUUUGCUUUAUAAUUAAAGAAUGCUAGUGACAGAGGAUUGAUUAAUUAGCAUGAUUUUAACAUACAUAUACUACAAGGUGGCUAAUUGGCUUGAAUUCCUGUAGCAGAAGUCUUAUUUUAAAGCUACUAGAGUUGU